AUGGACAGGUCUCUGAAGCUCUACAACUCAAUCACCAAGACCAGUGAGGCUUUUACGCCUUCUGAGGGAAACGAAGUGAAGAUGUACAUCUGUGGGCCGACGGUGUAUGACUCGCCGCAUAUUGGGCAUGCAAGGACUUAUGUGAUGUUUGAUGUCAUACGGCGAGUUUUGAAUGACUAUCUAAAGUACAAUGUGAAGUUUGUGAUGAACAUAACAGACAUUGACGACAAGAUAAUAAACAGGGCCAACGAGAUUGGGGUGUCUACGGAGGAGAUCACUAGGAAGUACACCGAGGAAUUUUUUGAGGACAUGAGGGCUUUGAAUGUUAAGCAGCCUUCUUUUGUCACAUUUGUAACAUCAUAUGUUGAUAAGAUUGUAAGGUUCAUUGAGAAGCUAGAGGCAAAUGGAUUUGCCUAUGAGAGUGGAGGAAGUGUAUAUUUUGAUCUUGAAAAAUAUCAAGAAAAAUACAACUAUCCGCUGUUUAAGAGCAAGGAUGGUAUAAAUAGCGAGGGUGCCGAGAACAGAGAUAAGAGAAACCCGUGCGAUUUUGUUCUAUGGAAGAAGUCCAAGGAGAAUGAGCCCAGAUACGAGUCCAGAUGGGGAUACGGAAGGCCUGGGUGGCACAUUGAGUGCAGUGUGAUGUCUAGUGACGUUCUUGGAGAGGGUCUCGACAUACAUGCUGGGGGAAUUGAUCUUGCAUUUCCUCACCACGAGAACGAAAUAGCCCAGUGCCAGGCCUACUUCAUGAGAGAACCCUGGGUAAGGUGGUUUCUUCACACAGGACACCUGAAUAUUGACGGGCUAAAGAUGUCUAAGUCCUUAAAGAAUUUCACGACGAUUAAGGAGGCUUUGGAAAUGAUUUCUCCACGGCAGCUGAGGGUUUUGUUUCUUCAUCACCAGUGGAACAAGGACAUGAACUACGAGAGAGAGCAUCUCAAAUUUGCAGAAAGCAUCGAGAAGAAGAUAUUCAACUUUAUGUCUAUAGCAGAAAGCAUGAGGAAAAAUACACUAGGAUUUAGGACCCUAGAGGAUGUGGACAGGGAGGUCUUGAGGGAACUGAAGGAUACCCAAGAGUCUAUUCAUACUGCAAUUCUUGAUAACAUCGACACGCCCACAGUGAUGCGAAGGAUUAUGGAAAUGAUCAACUUUACAAAUGCCAGGAUAAAGGACAUCUCGCCGUCCACAGUUCUAGCUGUUAAGGAUUAUGUCAAGGAAAUCACAGAUAUAUUUGGGCUGAGCGAAGGAGAAGUACAAACAUCCUCCAAGGAAGACCAGAUUGCACAAAUGCUUAGCGACUUCAGAGAGAGUAUCAGAGGAAUGGCAAAGCGAAAGGAGCCUUACUCAAAUUUUUUUGAGAAAUGUGACUGGAUAAGAGAGAGCAUCAAAAGUUGUGGAUACAUCAUCGAGGAUAGCAGCGAGGGAUCCAUCCUGAGAAAGAAUUAA